CGCACGAAACCGAUAGCCGGCGAGCUAGCGGUUCACUCGUGCAACCAUGAAGCUCAACAUCGCGAACCCGGCGACGGGAUGCCAAAAGAAGAUUGAAAUCAACGAUGACAGCAAGCUGCGCAUCUUUUACGACAAGCGCAUCGCCGCGGAGAUCGACGGCGAGGGCCUCGGCGAGGAGUUCAAAGGGUACAUCUUCAAGAUCAUGGGCGGCAACGACAAGCAAGGGUUCGGCAUGAAGCAGGGUAUCCUCACCGCGCAGCGCGUGUUCCUCCUCAUGAAGCAGGGCACGUCCGGGUUCUUGGGUCACGGCCGCAGGAAGGGUGAGCGCAGGCGUAAGGCUGUCCGCGGCUGCAUCGUGUCCCAGGACAUCGCCGUGCUCAACCUCAUGAUCGUCAAGCAGGGCCCCGGCCCGCUUCCCGGUCUCACGGACGACGAAAAGCCGCGUCUUCGCGGGCCCAAGCGCGCGUCGAAGAUUCGCAAGCUGUUCGCCCUCGAUAAGAAGGACGACGUUCGCAAGUACGUCAACACGUACAGGCGCGAGUUUGAAUCCGCGACCGGGAAGAAGAAGAGCAAAGCCCCGAAGAUUCAGCGCCUCAUCACCGCGCAGUCUCUCCAACGCAAGCGCAAGGAGCGCUCGAUCAAGGCGGCGAAGAUCGAGAAGUCCAAGUCCGAGGCGCAGGCGUACCACAAGGUGCUCGCGCUCAGGCUGAAGGAGGCGCGCGAGCGUCGCUCGGAGUCUCUCGCGAAGCGCAGGGCGUCUUCCGUCGCGUCCAAGGAUAAGGCGUGAGGGAGCGGCGCGGAUCGUCGAUGGCGACAAAAUUUUAAGGCGACUUUAGGGAGGGGCGCGGCGACGAAUCGAAUCGAUCGAUCGCGCCUCGUCUCGGAGACGCCCGGUCGCGCGGAGGUUUGGAUAGACCGUCGCGCGGCCGUCAGUGGGGGUUGAAUGCUUAGUCGCGCCGUCUCGUUGUAAUCCAGAGCGUCGCGUCUUCACACG